AUGAAAGUCAAGGGAGAGUUCCUUCUGGUAUGGCAAAUUCUGUGUGUAUAUUGGGAGACUACUCUGGCAGUAUAUCAUAGAAAAAGUGGUCAAGUGUCACGAGCAGCGUCUGAGGUGAAGGAUAGAAGAUACAAAUUAAACAAUUACUUUCGCCAAAGGAAGAUAAAUGGAAAUAUCAAGCGAUCUUUUAUCGGGCGUAAGAUACAUAUCAAGGGAGCGCCAAAAGGUGUUAUCGUGACCAUAAAUGGGCAAAGAGUUGACCCAAAUACUGGCAGUACAGUAUUACCUAUACAGCCACCACAGCCAGUUCCCCAGCCAGUACCACAACCAGGUCGGAAUGUUCCCAUUAAUGUUCAUGUUCACGUCAACAAAAAAUACAACGAUGCCAACGUUAUUGGUCAAAGAAAGCAGCCUAUUAUAAUCACUGCGCCCAAUCCUUAUCGAGCUGUGAGACCAAUUGUGAUUCCGAUGCCAGCGCAAAUACCGGCUCCACAGCCACUUAUAUUGCCUGCUCCAUUGCCUCCUCCUCCACCCCCAGCUGUCCUUCCAGCGCCUAUUCCAUUACCUUUACCAGCACCUCUACCACCACCAGUUACCAUUCCAGUUCCAGCUCCAGCACCACCUCCAGAUAAAGAAGACUUAGCUGAAAUCCUUCAAACAGCUGCAUUGCUUAACACCCUCAACAAAAAAGAGGAAAGUCGUCCAAAAGUUAUACCAGUUGUUCAGCCAGUAAUUACGCCGAUGGCUUAUCAGCCUGGCAGAAAUCCAGCGCAGGGAUAUCCGGCUGGUGGAAAUCCAAAUCAGGGAUAUCCGGCGAGUGAAAGUCCGAAUCAGGGAUACCCGGCGGGUGGAAAUCCAAACCAGGGAUAUCCGGCGGGUGGAAAUCCAAACCAGGGAUAUCCGGCGGGUGGAAAUCCAAAUCAGGGAUAUCCGGCGGGUGGAAAUCCAAAUCAGGGAUACCCUGCUGGCGGAAACCAAAACCAGGGAUAUCCAGCCGGUGGGGGAAAUGAAAAUCAAGGAUAUCCGGCAGGCGUAAGCCAAAACCAAGCCACUGCAGGGAAAGCUACAGCAGGAUGUACAAAUCCUCUUUCUGCACUAUCUGGAAUCCUGCCUUUGUUGCUUCCCUUCAAUUGCCGUUGUGGGUGCGAAAGAAGGUGCCCGGAUCUUUGUAACCUUUGCAAAGACGUCGACGAGGAACUAAUUGACACAUUAGACUGUUGCAAAUCAAUGCCAUGUCCCUGUGUAAACGCUGGAACAGGCACACAGCCUGCAGGAGUAACUGUAGCAGGAACUGCGGUAGCUCCCGUUGGGGGCGCUGUAGUUUCUCAGCCACAGCUUGGUGCUGCGCAGCCUGCACCAGCCGCAACCGUAAACCAAAUACAACCCGUGUCGAUUUCAAACCCUGCUACUGCCCCAGUAAUUCUCUCACAAACAGGUCAGGGGCCAUCAUCGCAGCCAGCUUCAGCUCCUCCUCUCCUUUUACCUCGACCUCAGCCUCCCAAUGCAGCAUCGCAACCUGCAUCAGCACCACCUCUGCCCUCUCUCGGGCAGCCAGCCUCAGCGCCCCCUCUCACCUCCCCAUCUCGCUUACCUGGACCUCAGCCACCUGGCCCAGCAUCGCAGCCAGCCUCAGCACCCCCAACUCUACCACUUCUUCCUCCACUACCACAAACCCCUCCUUUGUCAUCUGGAACUAAAUAUCCUGGUACGGUAUCUCAGCCGUCCGCUCAAGCUCCUCAACCUCCACCGUCUGGUUCUGCUCAAGCGCCUGCUGUGCUACCCCCACCUCCACCCAAACCAGAAAUUUCUCCUCCUAAAACAACCCCAUCAAAAUCAGAGGGUGCGGUUUCUGUAUUCCCCAGCGCUGUUGUACCACCUGAGCCAGAGAUUCCAGCUCCAGGUCCUCCUGGUUCGACUGUCCCACCUACGCCCGAGAUUCCAGGGAAAGGGAUAAGUGCUGGAACGAACGCUGAAACACCUGGGAACGAAAGUCCUCCAUCUGAAUCAGUACCACCUCCCACUGAUACAGGCUCUCCAGAUUCUACCAAUUCAGGUACUCAAGGCGAGUUAGUUGCUCCUCCUCCAGACAGCUCCGGACCCAUCGAGAUCCCAAAAGUUCCUGUCUUACCGGGUGAAUCAUCACCCAUUGGUCCGGGACCACCUGUUGCAAAUCCAGUACCUCCUCGUUCAGCUCCGUCUUCCACAAAUCCUUCGCCUCCACUUCCGUCAUUGCCACUCAUGAAGACUGCAUAUUCGGUGCGUCCUCCAGCCCCUCAGGUAUUUAUCAUAAAAGAAAAUAGCAAUCCAACGAAAGACCCAGAGGAAAGUAAAAGUGCUGAAGCGCUUAAUAGUUUAAGCGAAUCAUUUGAAAGUGCUUUCAAAGAAGCACUUAAGUCAGAACGAAGAAAAGUAAGACCAUAUAGCAAGCAUCCUAAAGAGCAUUUUAGUGAUAAACCCGAGGAAGAAGACAAUUUGAAUACAAAAGACAACGAAACUGAGGAUCAAGAGGAAGAGGAGGACGAGGAGAAGGUGCAGUCUCAUGGCGGCUCUCGGAGAGAUUUCACUGACAGGGAAGACACUAAACUCAAAGAGGAUUUUUCUAUCGAUGACAAAAAUGAUGAUGGCGGUGAAGAUGAAGAUAAUAAUAAUGAUGACGACGAUAAUAAUUCUGAUUCUAAUACUGAUGAAACAGAUGACGAUAAUAAAAAUGAUGAUCAUAACAAUGAUGAUCAUGAUAAUGAUGAUCACAAUAAUGAUGACGACGAUGACAAUGACAUUGAUAUCGAGGCGGACAAAGAGCCGCCAUACGACUUGAAUCAACCUCGUCACUCUCAUUCUCUCCCACAUGUCAGAGGAAAUGAGCAACGAUAUGAGAGGAGACGCAAAAUGCAUCAGAAAAAUAAACGAAAAAAGUAUGUAAGACUUCAUGAUUAUCAUCGAAAUGGACAACUGCGCAAUGAAGACUCGAGAGAGAAUGAACUGUCAUAUGAUCGCUCAGUCAACGGUGUUCUCAGCCGUGAUCGUGACAAUGUUCAGUCUCGUUAUGAUAGCGAUAAAUACACAUUACCAAAAAUAGAGAAGGACAGGGAACUGUUACGAGAACAUGAUUCAAAUUCAAUCCAUGUGGAAAAUGUGAAAAAAAACCCAUCUGAAAGUACUGAGAUUUCCCGCCUUCGUCAUGAAGGUGCAAGUAAGACUUUCAAGAGCCCAAAACAUCGUUUAAAAUCAUCAGAAUUCCCUGAGGAAAAGUACCGUGUACUUUAUAGUCACGAUAGAAUCAAAUCUGGUCAUUUGCAGGACAAAGGCUCAGACAAGGAAGAAGGCCGCCAAAAAGAGGAACAUCAUGAUCAUCACCAAAGUCAUUCAAAAACUGCAUUGUUGCCUGAAGAUGAAAUCAUCGAAGAGUCAGGUUCAAGCAUCGAAGAAAAUAGUUUUUCAGGGGAUAGUGUAAAGGUUAAUUCCUUAAAGUCAUUAAAGAACUUCUUAACCUCGACACACUACGACAGAGGUGUAUAUCAUCACCUGGUAGAAGACACUCGUACCAAAGACAACAAAACUCCUAUUGGCACAGUGGAGUCAUUUAAACCUGGAAAUCAUAGAAAGUUUGAUAAACAGGGCAAAUCAAAACAGGAAGAGAACAUUGCAGAGGAUUCUAGCGACAGUUCGAGCGAUGAAUCUGGUCAAAAUGACAUCAGUGGCAAUUAUGAAGAUACUGGCUGUUAGUCACAUUUAUUCACACAUCGUUUGAAAAAUAAGGUUUCUUACCGUAAAGUCGACAAUCGUCACUUUAAAUCAAAAGAAAGUUAUUUUUACUUUUUAUGGCUGAAUUCAUUUUGUCUCAUUUACGUCAUGGCCGGCGAAGCUUUUUUUUACUAUUUAAACUGUUUAAUGAACAUUCAGAUUCUAUUACCAAAGU